AUGAAAAAAAAAAUUUUUUUAUAUUUUAAGUCAAAUAAAACUCUAUAUAAAAUUUAUAAAAUAUAUUUAUAUAUAAAAAAGAAUAAUAAUUUAAAUAUAAUUAAAUUAGGUAUUUAUAAUCCUAAAUUAAAUAUAAUUUCUUGUAUAUAUUAUAUAUUAUUAAAAUAUUUAAAAUAUAAUUUUAUAUUAAAUAAAAAUUUAAUAAAACUUUUAUUAUAUAAUAUAAAAAAAAAUAAGAGAAAUGACAGAGAGGUUUAUUGUAUUUGA